UGGAUGUAAGCAGUGGAAAAGUAAGUAAGGCAGUCAGUGAAGAUGGUUCCCCAACUAUACAUCACAGUGUACAAUGAACAGUUCAGAUCUCCAGGCACAGUGAAAAGAGCACAACUUCGACCGACCUCUGCCCACCGUAGGAACAACCCUCAGCCCCGGGCGGACUUUCUGUUUCCCAGGAGCCUUCAGUCAAACAAUAGGUCAACCCAUGCACUUCUUCAUCCCUUGCCCCCUGUGGACUUCGGCCGCCCUCUUUUCCCCCCUGUCAGACAUUUUUCAUUUCACGGUCCUGUUACAACUUGUUCUGACAGCUAUCUAAAUACAACCGACAAAACACAACACAUGCCCCCUGUCAACCCAUCAACAGUACAAGCCAUGCCCUCUGCUGAUAAACUGCAGAAACUACAACUGACCGAACCUUCCCCGAGCACUGACAUCCACCUCAGCACUGCUUUGAAGAGCCCACAAAGCAGACUGGGUUAUCAAAAGCAUGUCCAUCCACAUUCAACACAGCAGCUCAGGCGAAAUACAGCUGCUCCACUUCAAACAAGAGCCCAAACUCCUGCAGCUCCUUGCAGCUUUGUACAGACAAAAUACCAGAGGUGCUGUUCUAACAGCAGCCGGGAUAACAGUGGUUGCUACAGCUGUUUCCAUGUGGUGAAGCCCUACCAAGCUGGACACUACAUCAUACACCCAGAGUUUGUGUCUGAAAGCCUUUAUUAGGAUUAUUAGAGCUCUGGUUUCCAAGAUGGUGACCCAAAGAGGUCCACGGAGAGCCUGAGGCUACUCUCCAGCAAUUGUUAACUUUUCCUUAAUUCUCUGUUAAUUAACCCAGUGAGACAAGGUGUAAGAGUGAAUCAUGUAGAGUGUACAAGCACAGCUGUUAUCUCAUUGUGUAAUGCAAGGAAACUUUUGCAGUUAAGUGCUCAAU